UCAGACCUUCACAGCAGGUGGUCCACAGGUGUGCAGGACAGGUAAAGCAGCUACGGCCUCACUCCGAGCUGCAGUCAGUCGGAGUGAAGAUGAAGAUGAGGCCGCAGCUCCUCCUGGUUCUGACGGCGGUCGUCUGCGCCGCCGCCAAGCCUCUGAGCAAGGCGGCGAUGACGAGUAACAAGCUGCUGCUGAUCUCCUUCGACGGCUUCAGGUGGGACUACGACCAGGACGUGGACACGCCGAACCUGGACCAGCUGGCUGCGGACGGGGUCAAGGCCAAAUACAUCACCCCUCCCAUGCUGACCAUGACCUCGCCGUCCCACUUCACCACCAUCACCGGUAUGAAACCUCAGUUUCCCUCAAAGGACGCUAUCGAUCGCCACAACCUGACCGACAGGCUGAAUGUCAUCAUCACGUCUGACCACGGCAUGACCACAGUAAAGAAGAAGCCGCAGGUAGACGAGGUCAUCCUCAACAAAUACCUGAAUUUAUUCAAGGUCGCCAAAUUUGAAAUUCUCGACUACGGCGGGUUUGGCAUCCUGACGCCACGUCCGGGGAAGGAGCAGGAAGUUUUCGACGCCCUCUCCAACGUGCCCAAUAUCACGGUGUACAAGAAAAACGAGAUUCCAGAAAGUUUCCAUCUCGCCAAAAGUGAGCGUCUGCCUCCCAUCGUGAUCAUCGCAGAUCUGGGAUUCAACCUGAACUCUAGACUCAUCGUCUACGUGAAUAAAGGUGACCACGGCUUCCAUAACACGGAGAUGGACAUGAAGACCAUCUUCAGGGCCUUCGGACCGAGCUUCAAGAGGAGCUACCUGUCCGAGCCGUUCGACAGCAUCCACAUCUACCCUCUGAUGUGCAAACUGCUGCAGAUCGAACCAGCGCCGCACAACGGGUCACUGAGCGUGACCGAGGACAUGCUGCUCCCCGCCCCGACCACCACGACCAAGCCUUCGUUCACAACGCCGCAAGGCUCUUUUACCACAGCUGGAGCGCAGGGAGCUCGGCUGUCCGUGGCUCUGCUGCUGGCCACGCUGCUGUUCACGUUCACCGUGCUGUAACUGCUCCAGGA